GGCGCUGAAGACCCGGCCAAUGGGCUGUGCUCUCCCGCCGCGCGCCAGCGGACCCGUUCCCCGAGCACGCGAGGCCGGCGCGCGCGACAGCGCGGGUGCCGAGCGCACGGUCAACAGCCCCUGCACUGCCGGCGCGUGGGGUCGGCAAGCCGGUCAUGGCCCCCGGCCCGCCGGCGCCCGAGACCCCGGCCCAGGGGCCCACUCCGCGCUACUUCACCUGGGAAGAGGUGGCGCAGCGCUCCGGGCGCGAGGAACGGUGGCUUGUGAUCGACCGGAAGGUGUACAACAUCAGCGAGUUCACACGCCGGCACCCGGGGGGCUCCCGGGUCAUCAGCCACUACGCCGGGCAGGAUGCCACGGACCCCUUUGUGGCGUUCCACAUCAACAAGGGCCUGGUGAGGAAGUAUAUGAACUCCCUCCUGAUUGGAGAACUGUCUCCAGAGCAGCCCAGCUUUGAGUCCACCAAGAACAAAGAGCUGACUGAUGAGUUCCGGGAGCUGCGGGCCACGGUGGAGCAGAUGGGGCUCAUGAAGGCCAACCAUGUGUUCUUCCUGCUGUACCUGCUGCACAUCCUGCUGCUGGAUGUCACUGCCUGGCUCAUCCUUUGGGUCUUUGGGACAUCCUUUGUGCCCUUCCUCCUCUGUGUGGUGCUGCUCAGUGCAGCGCAGGCCCAGGCUGGCUGGCUGCAGCAUGACUUUGGACACCUGUCAGUCUUCAGCACCUCCACGUGGAACCAUCUGCUACAUCAUUUUGUGAUUGGCCACCUGAAGGGGGCCCCCGCCAGUUGGUGGAACCACAUGCACUUCCAGCACCAUGCCAAGCCCAAUUGCUUCCGCAAAGACCCAGACAUCAACAUGCAUCCGUUCUUCUUUGCCUUGGGGAAGAUCCUGUCUGUGGAGCUUGGUAAACAGAAGAAGAAGUACAUGCCGUACAACCACCAACACAAAUACUUCUUUCUGAUUGGGCCCCCAGCCUUGCUGCCUCUCUACUUCCAGUGGUAUAUUUUCUAUUUUGUUAUCCAGCGGAAGAAGUGGGUGGACCUGGCCUGGAUGAUCACCUUCUACGUCCGCAUCUUCCUCACUUAUGUGCCGCUGCUGGGGCUGAAAGGCUUCCUAGUCCUAGGCCUCUUCUUCAUGGUCAGGUUCCUGGAAAGCAACUGGUUUGUGUGGGUGACACAGAUGAACCACAUCCCCAUGCACAUUGAUCACGACCGGAACAAGGACUGGGUCUCCACCCAGCUCCAGGCAACAUGCAACGUCCACAAGUCUGCCUUCAACGACUGGUUCAGUGGACACCUCAACUUCCAGAUUGAGCACCAUCUUUUUCCCAUGAUGCCCCGACACAAUUACCACAAAGUGGCUCCCUUGGUGCGGUCCCUGUGUGCCAAGCAUGGCAUAAAGUACCAGUCCAAGCCCCUGCUCUCAGCCUUCGCCGACAUUGUCCACUCACUGAAGGAGUCGGGGCAGCUCUGGCUGGAUGCCUAUCUUCACCAGUAACAGCAGCGCCCCCUGCCCCACGUGGAAGAGGAAGAGGAGGACUCUGGAGCCAAAGCAGAGUGGAGCUUGAGGGACAAUGCCACUACAAUUCUAAUGUUCAGAAGGGGGUGGGUUUGGGGGUAUAAAGGCUCUUGCUC